UCGCCCUUGGAACACCUUCUAGAGUGCCGGGACGCGCUUGAACGAGACAUGCAGACUGCGCUCCGCCGCCACGGCGACUUGUUGGCCGGCGGCGACGACUGCUCUCCGGCCAGGGCGGCCAUCCACAAGCUUUUCGCAAUGCUUUCUGAAAACGCCUUGCUGCUCCAGGAAGUCUACGACCGAGAGGCCAGGCACGUCAGCCAGGCGUUGGCCAGCUUCCAGGCAUGGGACAAGAAACGCUCCAAGGUGCUUGCGCGGGUCCAGCGUAUCCGCUCGCAAAACAACCAGUAUGGCGCCAAGUUGGCCGGGCUUCUUGCGCGCCGCUCCGACAUCGACGCCGAGAUCGCGGCCUUGGAGUCUCGCCUCGGCUCGCUCAGGGCCAGCCGGCUGGCCGUGGAAAGCGAGGUGGGCGAGACCAUGUCUGUUCUCGAGAGCAAAUCGGCCAAGUACGUGGAGAUGUUCCGCUGUCUAGAGAAGGCAGGCACGGACGCCGUGCUCGACUACUUGGGUGCCGACGCGCCGGACCAGCCGGGCGCAGUGCCGCUUUUGCGCUACGAAAGCGUGGACGCCAUGUUCGCCGAACCUCGAAACACCGCGCCGGGGCCAGACGCUAACGCGCACCUUGAAGACACUGCGUCAACUGUACAUCGGGUGCCCUCUCCGGGGCGGAUGGGGGCACAGGCUUUCGAGGUUCCGGAUACCGGGGCCUGCGACGAUGGCCCGGAGCGUCCUGCUGCUUCAGGAAAGGAACCGCACUCGGCCUACGAGCGGGGCUUCGCCAAAGGCUCCGAGCAAUUGCACACGGUGAAGCGAAGACUCUCUUUAUUGUUGCAGAACGUGAUUCCUGCUCCAGAGGGCCUGCCAAGAUACUCUGCCACGCAGCGGCCGCUAGGCGAUAUGCUGAACACGAUCACCAGAAAGUUGGACUUGCUGCCGAUCGUGGACUUGUUGACCUCCAAGUCCGAAGCUGUGAAAGACUUGGUAUCACAGGCUUCAAGAGCCUCCGAGUGCUUCCACAGGCACGGCCUUGUAUGGGCUGAGGUGUGCAAGUACCUCGAUGUGCAAGAGGAGACUCUACUGCUGCUAAUCGCGAGGUCGCUGGACGCCCGGGAGGCUGAACAGCUCCUUGACCAACUGUACGUCUACUUGACAAAGAAGCUCAAGGAGAUCAACACCAGCCCUGUG